GUCAUUUUCUGUUGCGUAGGUCAGACAUUGUAAGUAUGCGAGAGAACUGGUUUGGAGAUCCCAGAAUACCUGGCGCAGGAAUGUCAAAGGCCUCUGACUCACACCCUGCUCUCUGCCUCUAACCCUGUGGUUGUUUCAUGGUGGCAAUUCUCUGGAAAGGAAGUCUACAAAAUGACAGAGGAGAGAAAAUGACGUGCAUAAUUACAGCGGCAGACUAUUUGUUGGCGGACUCAGUUUGGAGUACUCGGUUGGGAGUCCUACUGGAUCGAAGUCCUUUGCGAUGAUGAGAGGGCGAUGAGGCCAUAGACUACUAUGCGCGUCGAAAACGUGUCACAGGAGUUGAACGACAACAGCGUCCCCAGAAUAUAUAUAUUUGGAAACGACAAACAGGUCAUGCUGAUGGACCCGGACACUCAGUGGCUGUACCAGCUUCUGGCUGAGGUCCAGCUGGAGAAGUUCUACAUGCAUGUCCGAGAUGGACUUAACAUCACCCGGUUUGAGCACUUUGCCUACGUCAAGGAGUCUGACCUGGAGCAAAUCGGGAUCAGCAGACCGGGACAGAGAAGGUUAUGGGAUGCUGUGAAACGCCACAAGAACGCAGCGACGGCAAAGUCGGGGAUGGCCAAGGGAGGUGACCAGUGGGGCAGUGGGCUGGGGCAGAGCCAGGAGACAGGGGGCCGGGCCCUCACCUGUCUGAUCCAGGACAGUGAGCUGUCCCUGGGGGAGAAGCUGGGUUCAGGAUCCUUCGGCGUGGUGAGGAGGGGAGAGUGGCAGACGCCCAACGGGAAAGUGCUGCCGGUGGCGGUGAAGUCUCUGAGGAAUUCCAUGUCCAGACAGAAUGACACCUUGACGGACUUCCUCCUGGAGGUGACAACCAUGCAGUCUCUAGACCAUCCUAAUAUCAUCCGCCUCUAUGGAGUGGUGCUCACGCAGCCUCUCAAGAUGGUGACGGAACUGGCGCCGCUGGGCUCCCUGUAUGACACGCUGCGUGCCCGCAAGUACGAGUACCCCCUGACACGCCUCUGGCUGUUCGCCACCCAGAUCACAGCGGGCAUGGAGUACCUGGAGGGACGCCGGUUCAUCCACAGGGACCUGGCUGCCCGGAACGUUCUGCUGGCCUCCAGGGAGAUGGUGAAGAUCGGGGACUUCGGUCUGAUGAGGGGCCUGAGCCAGGAGACGGACCACUACGUGAUGACGGCCCACAAACGCAUCCCCUUCGCCUGGUGUGCCCCGGAGAGCCUACGAGUGGGUUCCUUCACACACUCCUCAGACGUGUGGAUGUUCGGGGUCCUUCUCUGGGAGAUGUUCACCUUCUGUGAGGAGCCUUGGCUGGGGCUGUCUGCCAGACAGAUCCUGUGGAGGGUGGAGCGGGAGGGAGAGCGCAUGGAGAGACCAGCCGACUGUCCUCAGGAGCUCUACUCCAUAAUGAGGAGGUGUUGGGCCUGCAACCCCGCCGACCGACCCAAUUUCUCCCAGCUCACCACCCUGGUAGCAGAGGCUCAGCCCAAGGAGGUUCGGGCUUUAAGGGACUUUGCAGAGCCUAGGAAACUCGCCCUCCUGUCCAAUGACAUAGUGACCGUCAUAGACCAUGGUCUGGAGCAGUCCGAGUGGAAAGGCCAGAACCAGAGGACCCUGAUGGUGGGUUGGUUCCCCCCGGUCUUGACUGCCCCCGCCAUCUCCGUCCCCGGCGGUGCCCCUCCCCUUCCCGCUGCAGCCCCCAGCCUUAUCUCCCCCCCCCUGCGGGGCACUCUAGAGACGAGGAGGCAAGGAGACACCCAUCCCGACCGUAGCUGCGGCAACCCGGAGCGAAUCGAACAGAGUGUCAGCUGGAGGAAUGGUGCCGCAAACCGAGAGCGGGAAGGCUCCAACCUGAUGAAAAUGUCAGGUAUGACCAGAAGUCUGGAGUCUGUCCUGAGUGGCCCCCAGGGCAGAGCUCCGUUCGUCGGAGGGGUCCGGCCGGACCCCCGUCGUGCGCCCCCGCCCAACACCACGGUGGCCCGCAGCCUGGCGACUCAGCAGGACCCCCGGAGGUUCAGUGACGACAGCGUCAGCCCGCCUCCUCGCCCUCCCCUGCCCAACCUCAAACGCUUCAAGUUGCCCCAGGUGAUGAUCCGAGAACGGCGGCCCGGCCCGGGCCCGGGCCCGGACCUCACCAGGCCUCCGCCGUAUCCGCAGCAGCAGGCGGCCCAGCCCGCGGGGGGCAGCAACCUGGCCAAGAUGUCCCACAUGGCGUGUUCCACGCCGGCGCUGGAUGACUGCGGGGACAGGGAGAGGGACCAGGAGAAGGAGAGAGUGGUGAGGGAGCGGGAGAAGGAGAGGUACCCGCCUCAGGUGCAACACAGCAGGGCGGCGGUCAUGGCGCAGGUCAUGGAGGCUGUGCAUGGAGUGACCAAUGAGGAGGUUCGCAACGCGCUGCGCCGCAAUGACUGGAACCCUGUGAAGGCCCAGCAACAACUGAAGAUGGAGCAGCUCUACUCUCUGAGCCCGCGUUCUCUCUCCUUUCAGAAGGAGCAGCUCUAGUCUCUGAGCCCGUGUUCUCUCUCCUUUCAGAUGGAGCAGCUCUACUCUCUGAGCCCGCGUUCUCUCUCCUUUCAGAAGGAGCAGCUCUAGUCUCUGAGUCCGCGUUCUCUCUCCUUUCAGGUGGAGCAGCUCUACUCUCUGAGCCUGUGUCUUCUCUUCUUUCAGGUGGAGCAGCUCUACUCUCUGAGCCUGUGUCUUCUCUCCUUUCAGGUGGAGCAGCUCUACUCUCUGAGCCCGUGUCCUCUCUCGUUUCAGAUGGAGCAGCUCUACCCUCUGAGCCUGUGUCUUCUCUCCUUUCAGGUGGAGCAGCUCUACCCUCUGAGCCUGUGUCUUCUCUCCUUUCAGAUGGAGCAGCUCUACUCUCUGAGCCCGCGUUCUCUCUCCUUUCAGAUGGAGCAGCUCUACUCUCUGAGGCCCGUGUCCUCUCUCCUUUCAGAUGGAGCAGCUCUACUCUCUGAGCCCGUGUCCUCUCUUGUUUCAGAUGGAGCAGCUCUACUCUCUGAGCCUGUGUUCCCGUGACGACUGCUUCAGGAUCCUUUCCCGCCACCAGUGGGACCUCCAGGCGGCCAGCCGC